GAAGAAAAUAAACCAAAGGCAACAAUGAAGGGAAUUUCUACCUGUCUUGAGAAGGAAGUAGAAGGGAGGGGGAAAGGGUCAUGCGUAAAGUAUAUAAAACAGCAGCACAGAGAGCGGCAAUGAACAGAUCCUCCUGCACUACUUCUACAAACCAGCUGUUUUUAAGUGUUUCCGAACAAAAUGAGGAACCUCUUAAUGUGUGUUCUCACCCUAGCACUGGUGGCACAAGCUGUGGGGGCUCUGAAGUGUUACCAUUGCCCUACCGGAGGAAGAUGCUUCAGCACCCAGACCUGCAGAAAAGACCUGGAUCAAUGUGUUACCGUGUUUUAUCCUACCCUUGCUAAAUAUACCAAGCGAUGCGCCUCUCAGUAUGAGUGUGAUGUCAUGAGGGUCAUGGGCGGAUCAGUACUGAAGGCUGUUUGCUGUGGCACUAAUCUAUGCAACAGAUAGACAGGAGCUCCUCCACAUGCAGGACUGGCAGGUUAUCUCCCUUCACCUCGCACAGCGACUAGACCCCUCACUAAGGAUACUUUACUGCUCUCUCUCUCUCUCUUUUUUUCCUCCUAGAAUCGGAACACGACUUGGAAGCUGAUGUUUCCAGCAUCUCUACUAGUAACUCCUUGGAGAGA